UGAAAAAGAAUAACAAUCUAAAACAAUGAAAGUUUCAUAUUCUUUAUCCAAACGUUUUCUUUUCUCUAUUUUGGCUAUGCCAUUCUUCAUGAUACAUAGUGUUUCAUCAUUGAACCUUACCAAUGAGUAUCUCAAUCAUAAAUGCCUCCUUGAUCAAGGGAAAUAUAACUCUGGAAGUGAGUACGAGGACAACCUCAACCGUCUCUUUCGUAAAGUUAGUAGUGAUGCUUAUGCUGUGAUCGGUUUCACACACACAAGUAUUGGAACAUCGACUCCCGAUUUUCUUACCAUCACUCUCCAGUGUCGUGGUGACUCUAUUGGGUCUAAAUGCCAUACAUGCGCUGACAGCGCAAUCUCGGAGUUUCGUAAGAGAUGUCCGAAGAACAAAGGAGGAAUAAUAUGGUACGACCAAUGUUUUCUCUAUGUUACUACAAUCAAAGAAGAAAUUCCAAUCAAAACUAAUUACGAGAAUAUUUUUUCUAUGUACAACUCAAAUAACGUGAGAGGAGAUGUACAUUUUUUUGCCAAGAGGGUGAUGGAUUUUUUAUCUGAGCUCACACUUAAAGUCGAGAAAACAAUCAAGGGCGUUCACGUCAUAUUAUACGCGGCAGGGGAAAAGAAGCUUGGGAAAAAUAAAUUGUAUGCAAUGGUGCAGUGCAUACAACUAACAUUAGAUUGUAAGAGUUGUUUGGAAUGGAGUAUCAAAGAGCUUUUCAAAAACAGUGACAUUAAACAAGGAGCAAGAGUUUUGGGUACGAAUUGCGGUGUAAGAUAUGAACUAUACCCUUUUCUUAGGAGCUAAGCAGUUUCACUGGUGUGAGUACAUCCUUUUCAUAAC